AUGCUUCGAGCAAUCAAAACCACUUCUCUCCUUCGAUUUUCCUCUUUAACCUUCAUUUCUCGAUCUAUUAGUACCUUAAUCCUAGCCGAACAUGAUGGAGGCACAAUCAAAUCACAAUCAAUAAGUGCAGUAGAAGCUGCAAAAUAUCUAGAUGAUCAAACUUCAAUUUCUUUGCUAUUAGCUGGCUCCGGUCCUCCUCUUCAACAAGCCGCUGCUCAUGCCGCCUCUUGCCACCCCUCCAUUUCUCAGGUACUUGUAGCUGAUUCGGAUAAAUUUACAUAUCCUUUAGCAGAACCUUGGGCUAAGUUAGUGCAAUUGGUUCAGCAAAAAGGCCAAUAUUCGCAUAUAAUUACUGCUUCGAAUUCGUUUGGGAAAAAUUUAUUGCCGCGUGCUGCUGCAUUGUUAGAUGUCUCUCCAAUCACUGAUGUUAUUAAUAUUUCUGGUUCUAGUCAAUUUGUCAGGCCAAUUUAUGCUGGAAAUGCACUUUGUACUGUAAGAUAUAUUGGCAGUAAUCCGUGUAUGUUGAGUGUUAGAUCGACAUCAUUUCCAGUCUCGGCAGAUUCGAAAUCUAACGAAGCUCCUAUUUCUCAGGUUGAUCUCUCGACCUUUGAUGAAGAUUCUGUUGGCAAGUCUAGAUACGUAAGUCAUACAGCUCAGGAUACAGAGCGUCCUGAUCUUGGAAAUGCACGAGUUGUGGUCACUGGGGGCCGGGCAUUGAAAAGUGCUGAGAACUUCAAAAUGAUUGAAAAGCUUGCAGAAAAACUUGGUGCUGCUGUUGGUGCUACCCGUGCUGCUGUUGAUGCAGGAUUUGUUUCAAAUGAUCUCCAGGUUGGUCAGACUGGAAAAAUUGUUGCCCCAGAAUUGUACAUGGCUUUUGGUGUCUCUGGAGCCAUUCAACACUUGGCUGGGAUGAGAGAUUCCAAGGUCAUCGUUGCUGUAAAUAAAGACUCAGAUGCACCCAUUUUCCAGGUAGCUGAUUAUGGGCUUGUUGGUGAUCUUUUUGAGGUCAUACCAGAGUUGUCAGAGAAGCUUCCUGAGAAAAAGUAG